AGUCAGAUGUUAAUGACAUUUUAGAUAUUUCAGAGAGCGGGUCCGAAGAGCUCACUGCAUGGAGUUCUGCUGUUUCAAAAGCUUUCAUAUUUGCGUCGCCGCUUCGUUUUGGCACAGAGCUCCGUUGCUCUUCCUCUCUAAUCCACAAACGAUUAGAGAGCACCUGAGGAAUUGCCUUACGGGCAAGGUGGGAGGGUGCUGCCUCGUGAGCGCACAACGUGCGCGCGCUCUCCACGCCACUGACACCUCAAUUAAUUCCGCUGCUGCACGAGACAGACAUGCUCUACGGAACGCGCGCCGUCAGCGAGGAAAAGCUCCGAAUAUGCAGGCCGAUAAGAACCAAAUGACACCAACCACACGCUGUCACAUUUAACUCGUCUGGAUCCGCAAUUGAUUUUUUCUUUUUUUUUUUUCUUCUUCUUAUUUUUGGGGGAGGAGGGGGAGCGUACGCUCUUCCGCGCGCCGGAGUGACUCCCUAACAAGUGCAACCAAACAGUCCGUCCGUGUUUGCAGCUCGCAUUCAGUGGCCGGCGGACGCACGCUGUAAGAUGAGGCUUGGAAGCAUCAUUUUAUUCGUCGCUUUCUGCUCUUUCACAGCUUAUUAUGUGUACGAGCCAAUUCCCGACAGGAUCGAGGAGAGAUGGAAACUCAUGCUGACCAAUUCCUUUUUCAGAACUCUCAGUCACCUGGCAGACCUUUGUGAGUCAGCGGGUCUGAAGGACUACAUGGACGUGAUGUACGUCAUUACUCUAUUGGAGAAAAUCGUACCGGUGUCUGACGAGCACGUCAAAGUGACAGAAGAAAAGUUUGACGGCGUGGAGGUGGUGCUUUACCAACCGAAGAGCCAGGGUGGAGACGCCGGCCUGAGGAGAGCCAUCAUUUAUCUGCACGGGGGUGGAUGGUGUCUAGGAAGCUCCCGCAUGAGUCCAUAUGAUCUGCUGGCCAGAAAGAUCGUCACUGAACUUGAUGCUGUCGUUCUCUCUGUAGAGUACCGCCUCGCCCCUGCUCACCAUUUCCCCGUCCCGUAUGAGGACGUGCACCGUGUGGUCAAAUACUUCCUCCAGAAGGGGGUGCUAGCCCAGUAUUCUGUGGACCCGGGGCGUGUUGCUGUGUCAGGGGAUAGUGCUGGAGGGAACCUUGCAGCGGCAGUCUCUCAGCAGCUGCAGAAAGAGUCUGGGCAGCAGAUCAAGCUGAGGGCUCAGGCACUCCUUUACCCCGUGCUGCAGGCAUUGGACUUGAAGACGCCUUCGUAUCAGCAGAACAAAGACAUGCCAAUUCUGCCACGCACGCUCAUGGUGCGCUUCUGGAGUGAGUAUUUUACGAGCAACAAAGCCCUCUUCAGAGCCAUGAUGGCCAACUCGCACAACAGCCCCGAGUCGUCCAGGUUGCUGAAGUUCGUCAACUGGAGCGCCUUUCUGCCGGAGGCUUAUCACAAAGAGUACAACUACAGCGCUCCCGCUGUCGCGCAGGGAUCCAAAGGGGAGGCGGCCGGGAUGGACGGGCCGUCCCAGUCGUUCGCCGACCCCAGGGCGUCGCCCUUGCUGGUCCCGGACGCAGACCUGCACUCUCUGCCCAAGGCGUACAUUCUGACGUGCGAGUACGACGUCCUCAGAGAUGACGGGAUCAUGUACGCCACACGGCUCCGGGCGGCUGGCGUUGAGGUGACGCACCAGCACUACGACACGGGAUUCCACGGAGCGCUGAUGUUUACCGUGUGGCCGACUGACUUUCUCAUUGCACGUCGCAUGACAGACAACUACGUUAAAUGGCUCAAGGAUAAUUUGUAAAAACAAAAAAAAAACAACUUUUGACUGUAUAAGUGGGUAUUCCAGUUUUCCACACAAUGCACUAAUGUUUAGCUGAAUCUUUUUUUUCAUGUCAUUUUUAACUAUCGGUGGUGUACUUCUUUGGUCAUGCUGUUUUUGUUUAAAUAUGCUAAUUUCAUCUGUUUUCUUGUAAUGGAUUUUGCCUAAUUUUGAAACAAUAGUGAACAUGUUUUUUCAUUUUAAGGUGACGAGAGAAAUCUGACACCUGUAUCAUUAUAUGAUUGAGCUAGCUGCAAACAUAGUGCUUAUGUAAAAUAAAACUGUGGCUAUCAUAUUAGUUUGAUGGACAGGUUAUUUUUUUAUUUAUUUUUUUUACUCUGAACAGAGCUCCUUUUUAUUGCUUCUCACCACAUGAUCUUCCAUCAGAUCUCAUAUUUAUUGUAUCAAUAUUAGUCUUAAUAGUCAGUAAUGCAUACCUCUGGAAGUAAAACUGUCCCUGCAGAGAUUUGAAGAAUUCAUUAUAAGUCUUUGCGAGCAGGAGAGGAUUUCUCCAGAUGCUCUUUUGGCCAAAGUUAACAUUUAUCACAGUAUGUACCGCAUUCCAAAGACUUAUGUGCAAAUUAGUUCAACUAUUUGUAACUCGUUGACUUAUUCUAGUUUCUGAUCCCAAAGAUUGGUCAAAUUUAAUAAUGUUGAAAAGUUUUUUUGGCGGUGGAGUGGACAAGAACAACAAAAGAAAUAUUAAUUUGACAAACCCUCAAAUUUUAAUGUUCACUUCCUGCGGUAACCAAUGUCAAAUGUUUUGGUUCUCUUGUAAUAUAAGGUCAGUGAAUGUCGAUGUUCCAUAUUCCAUCUGACUAUUAGUAAAAAAAAAAAAAAUCUAAACAUUGUUUGAGAAAGUGUAGCUGAGAUUGGUGCAACGAUGGGGCAAAAAGAGGGAUGGGGCAAUAAUGUAUAAUAUGUGGCAUCAACAUUUACAUGUGGAGCAUAUAUGACUCUGCUCACCCCAUUCGAAAAACAAGAGUUUUAAGUUUUUACACAAAACCCCGUUCUGUUGAAAGAAAUUGAUAGAAAUUGAAGCUGUAGCUUAGGACUCAAGUUUCAGGCAGAAGAUUUUAAGGUUGUAAUACAUUUAUUACCAUAUAUGGUUUUUAUAUUAACAUUCAGAAAGGACGUUUUUGCUGACUAAAGCCCAGUCAUUGCAAGCACUGAAUAUAAACUCAUUUGCAUUUCAGGACUAUUUCAGUUAUUUAAUUUAAUAUAUGAAAUGAAUGAGCAAGUGACAGCUUGAGAAUUAUAUUUUUAUUAACGUUAUUAAUGAAAAAAUGUCAAUACUAUCUACCUUCUGCUACUAACAAUGUAACUUUCCACAUAUGCCGGGCAUCAUGUUUUUGCGUCAACACUUUUACGUUCUCGGAUGUAAAAAUGAGUUUUACGUUUUUUGUUUUUGCAGUUGGAAAAUUUGUGAGCCUCGUGCAAGUUUAAUGUAAAAUGACAAUAAAAUCACUUAAGCUUUCA